AUGUCGUCGACGCGUGAAUCUUCGUCGAUUGACGACCACCCGGAGAAGGGCGCUCACACUGCCUACCAUGACCCCAUCCAGAUGGUCGGCUCUUAUGAGGGCAAGCCAACCGAGGAGGAAUUGAAGACUCUUCGUCGUGUACCUGGAAAGGUUCCCACAGUCGCCUACAUGCUGUGUAUUGUGGAGUUCUGCGAACGCGCUUCGUACUACGGUGUUACGGGAGUCAUCAGCAACUUUGUCAACCGUCCGCUCCCGGAAGGCGGCAAUGGAUGGGGUGCACCACCCACUGGAACUCAGCAGACUGCCGGCGCUCUAGGCAUGGGUCCUUCUACUGCGAACGCCGUGAACCAGUCCUUCAAGAUGUUGGUCUAUGCUCUUCCUUUGGUGUUUGGAUGGCUCGCCGAUUGCAAGACUGGACGCUGGAAAAUGAUUUGCUGGGGUAUCGCAGUCUGCGGUGUCUCUCACGUAUUGAUGGUUGGCUCUGCUGCCAAAGGUCUAUUGGAGGCUGGUACCGCCAAGGCUCCCUUCUUCAUCUCUCUAUAUCUCCUUGCUCCAGGAGCUGCCAUGUUUAAACCCAACGUUUCUCCCCUCCUUCUCGAUCAGAUGACUACAACUGUUCCUACGGUUAUCACCACUAAAUCUGGCGAGCGAGUUAUUGAGGACCCAGAAGCGACCACCGAGAAAGUCGUACUCUGGUUUUAUCUGCUCAUCAACAUUGGUGGUUUCAUGGGAGUCGCUACAACCUACGCCGAGAAGUACGUCGGCUUUUGGCUCGCGUACGUGCUACCUCUGAUCCUGUACCUGCCACUCCCCCUACUCCUAUGGUUCCUCUACAAGCGCGUGGUCCUCCACCCACCUGGUGGCAGUGACCUUGGAAACGUGUUCCGAGUCCUUGGUAUCUGUCUCAAAAAUGGAGGCCUCAUGAAAAUUGGUCGACAUGGCUUCUGGGAAUCUGCGAAGCCAUCUGUCAUCGCUGCCAGGGGUCAGACCAUCUCAACAAGUUGGAAUGACCAGUUCGUCGAGGACGUUCGUCGCACAUUCCAGGCAACCGGAAUCUUCUGCUUCUUCCCAAUCCAGUACCUGAACGACAACGGUAUUGGCGAGGCUGCUGGCUACCUGACAACCAUGCUGAGGACAAGCGGUGUACCGAACGAUGUCAUCAGCAACUUCAACUCCCUCAGCAUCAUCCUCUUCAUGCCCGUUCUGAACUUUGGUCUCUACCCACUUCUCCGCAAGAUGAAAAUCCACUAUGGCCCGGUCGCCCGUAUCACCACUGGUCUCGCCCUAUCAACGCUCGGAGGCGUUGGUUACACCGUUCUAAACGCCAAGGCCUACCAAUUGGGACCCUGCGGUCGCUUUGGUUCCACUGGCCAGUGUGAGAUUGGCGAGGGUGUCGCACCAAUAACCAUCUGGUGGGCUGCUCUUCCAUACGCUCUCGGCGGUAUCUCCGAGCUUUUUGUCAACGUGCCUGCGUACGGCAUUGCUUACUCCCGUGCCCCUGUCAACAUGAGAGGUCUGGUCUCCGCCAUCAACCUCUUCAGCACCGCUUUCGCAUACGUAAUCGGUCUUGCUUGCUCUGCUGUGAUCAAGGACCCAUAUCUCACCUGGGACUUUGGCGGUUGCGCCAUCGCCGGCGGUAUUCUCACCGUUGUCUUCUGGUUCACCUUCAAGCACAUCGAUCAGGAGGAGUACGUCCUGUCAACGAACACCGACUACAAUAAUGAUUUCACGGGCACCAUCGCGCCGUAG